CCUUCAGCCGUUGAUCGAAAUAGACUUGUUUGGCGACGUUUCAGCAGUGUCUCAGCAGCAUGUGCCAGAAUCAGUAAAGAUAGGGAAAUACACAAACUUCAAGUGCGUCCACAAGUAUAUCAUGGAGGCGUGGCGCAAGAUUCGCGCACGCAUGGCAACCAGAGGGCUGCCCGCCGAGCUUGAUGAUGAUCUGGAAACGGUGGAGGAAUAUACACAACGCUGGCGCUCCGUGCGGAUCAUUUACUUUACUAUGUUCCUAAUGGCGCUGGGCUUUAGCAUCAUAUUAACUGGAAUUUGGCCAUUCCUCAACGAGCUAGAUCCCAGUGCGGGCAAAGAGUUUAUGGGUCUGAUUGUGGCAGCCAAUCCAUUGGGCCAAAUGAUCUUCAGUCCCAUCUUUGGUUGGUGGGGCAACAAAUUGGGCAAAAUUCGCAUACCACUGCUCCUCUCGCUGGCCCUAUUCACACUGGCCAGCGGGGUAUAUUCCUCCUUGGAGCUCGUGGAUAAUGUUAAGUACUGGAUGCUGGCCUCGCGUUUCCUUAUCGGUGUCAGCUCGGCAAACAUUGCCCUGUGCCGUUCCUAUUUGUCGGCAGCGACGCGUCUCAGCGAACGCACCCACGCCGUCUCCAUGGUCUCACUAGCCCAGGUGCUGGGCUUCAUCAUUGGUCCUGGUCUGCAAGCACUGGUGACGCCUCUGGGCCGCGGUGGUUUAGCGUUGUUUGGCGACAACAUGCACAUUAACAUGUAUACCGCCUCCGGAUGGAUCAAUGUGUUGAUGAGCAUGUCCAACUUUGUGAUGUUUUUGCCGGGCAUAUUCGAGGAACAUAAAAUUGCGGCUCGAGAGAUUAUGGUGAUGCAGGGCGGCACCUCGGAGCGCGACACGUGGAAGGCCAUAAAACCAAAUUAUUAUUCCGCCUGGACGCUGAUUGUGGCAUUCUUUGUGCUCGUCUUUAACUUUGUGCUGUUGGAGACCUUGGGCACGUCACUCACCAUGGAUAUGUUUGCCUGGACAAAUAAUGAGGCCCUCUACUACAUGGGAAUGUUUAUGGCAAUUGCAGCCAUCAUUUCGUUGGUCACCUUUGUGCUUAUUGGACCGCUGUGCAGAAUGUUUGCGGAGCGUUAUGUGCUCAUCUGGGGUGGCUUCUCGCUGAUGGUCGUGGGUCGUCUACUAUAUAUACCCUGGGGACCAGAUCCGCCUAAGCUGGCCGUAGCUUAUAAUGCCAGCGCCAAUUUAACCAACCAGGAUCCCAUCUAUUUGGGUUGUCCGCCAUCGCAGGACUGGUGCCCCGAUUUGCCAGCCCUGACAUUAACUCAGUUCAUUAUUGGAUUUGCACUAACAUCGGUGGGUUAUCCCAUCGGCGUUACGCUAAUACAGACGAUAUUCUCCAAGGUGCUUGGCCCGAGACCACAAGGCGUCUGGAUGGGCAUGCUGACCGGCGCGGGCUGCUUGUCCCGUGUCAUGGGUCCCGUUUUCGUUGGCUUGAUCUACACACGGCUAGGCACCUAUUGGACAUUCGGUUUUACAUCGAUUAUGAUGUUAAUUUCUAUGAUUUGGUUGCUCUGCAGCAACCGUGUACUUAUACCACCAAACUUCGAGAAGCCAUCGGUGGAGAUGAAGGAGCUGAAUAAGAGCAAUGGCAAUGAGCCAAUUGCGUCCAAGAUCGAAGAAGUGGACAAACUUCUAACGGCGUCGAAGGCGAUACAAAUACAACCCACACAAUCCCAGGCAUAGUGUCUUCGUGUGUUCCAGCAAUAGCUGAAUGACUGCCCCCCGUACGCUACACAUUCUAUAUGAAUUUUUAGAUAGUAAUUUAACAAUUACAGUUACAUACAAAUAUGUAUAUUUUUGAUACAGACUUUUAUCAAUCAAACAGUUAUUGAUUUCUCCACAAAAGCACAAACAAAUAUUGAUGCUUAUUAAAUUUUAUUGGAAUAUAAACGCUCAAAUCCAAUAAAAAUGUCUAUUACA